CGGGCGGGGCUGCCCGGAUCCAAGAUGGAGGCGGCGGGCAGAGCGGGGCAGGAGAUGAGCCUGGCGGCCCUGCGGCAGCACGACCCCUUCAUCACCGGUAUCGCCGACGUGACCGGCCAGGUCGCGCUCUACAGCUUCAGCCCCAAGGACAACGAGUGGGAGAAAACCGACAUAGAAGGGACCUUAUUUGUGUAUAAAAGGUCAGCUUCUCCUUAUCAUGGUUUUACGAUAGUGAAUCGACUGAAUAUGCACAACCUGGUUGAACCAGUAAAUAAAGAUUUGGAGUUUCAGCUCCAUGAACCUUUUCUUCUCUACAGAAAUGCCAGCUUGUCAAUUUACAGUAUUUGGUUUUAUGACAAGAAUGACUGUCAUCGAAUAGCAAAACUCAUGGCUAAAGUGGUUGAACAAGAAGCUCAGAGAUCGCAUCAAGUUUCCCAGGACAGAAAAAGUCCCAGCAGGACCAAUGGCUGCAAUGAAAACAGGCCCAUUGACAUCCUAGAAAUGCUUAGUAAAGCCAAGGAUGAAUAUGAACGAAAUCAGAUUAGUGACCUAAGUAUUAUAUCAAGUUCUGGAAUGCAACAGAAUUCAAAUCCUCCAAAGCCAGAAAGCACAGAGCCUUCAGAACAGAAAUCUUCAUUACAAGUACAAGAGCAGCCAUUUCAGUCAAGGCAGAAGCAUCUGACUUUGGAGGAAUUGUUUGGAACCUCCGUCCAAAAGGAGCAGCCUGCAGCUCCAUAUCCCACUCCAGAGAGAAUGGAGAAGCUGCAGACAGAUGCAUCUGCCAGAGAGCAGCACAGUUUGCUUUUGCCUUUUUCCUUUGACCAGUCUCCAGUACUGCAGCAGUCCCUGGGGAAAUCGGAAAGUCCGAGCGUUAAACCCGGUGCCAAUCAGCAGGACUGUUUAACACCUAUGAUAAUACCUCCAGCUUCAGUUUCCCAGCCUGAUCUGAAAAACGUUUCAAGCUAUUCAGUUCGUUUAAGCCCUGUUCUUAAUUCAGCCUCGACAAUGGAAGCUGCCCCUGCUCAGAUGCUUCCUGGCCUCAAACAAAGCAACAGUAUGAUGCAAGUUAUGCAGCAAGCUGCCAAGCCCAUAUCCCCACUGGUGAAUCAGCCGCCAUCUGAAGUGAACCAUGCUCCACAGAAUGUAAUGGCUGGCCAAAGCCAGCUCAUAGCACCCUUGACUACAGCAAACACAGGGACUGUCUCAAAUGCAUCUCAUACAAGUGUUGAUCUUCUCCAGAAACUCAGGUUGACCCCACAGCAUGACCAAACACAACAGCAGUCUCUCACUAAGACUCCCUUAACACCAAACAUCUCUGCCUCGGUUGGCCAACUUGCAACACCAGAAAGCUUCAAAGAGUCUCACAGUAAGCCACCAGCCUUGAACAGCAAGAUAAUCUCUCCCCUUCAGACUGUACAACAAAACAAGGAAUCAGAAGUGUUUCCACAGCCGAAAACUUUGUCUAAAGCAAGUCAAGUUGCACCUCCACAGUUUGUUCCAGCCACCACGACAGUAACGCCUUCAGUGCUCUUGUCUCCAAGUGUGUUUCAGCAAUCAGCUACAAAAGCGACUGAAGUGGAGAAUAAAGCCAGUUCUUCUUCGCCUUUAACACUUGGAACAACAGAAAUUCAGACUACACCUCCUACUGUUCUCAGCAGAUCUCAGCUUCAAGAAGCACUGAUACAUCUAAUAAAGAAUGAUUCCCGUUUUCUCAGCACUAUCCAUGAAGUCUACUUGCAAGUCCUCACCAAGAGUACAGACAACAUUAAGCUAUAAUUGAAGCUGAAUCUACUUAAAAUGUUCAUUUUAGAAACAAUUAUGCCUCAUCUAUAAAACUAAUAUUUUUGUAAAAGAAUAUUUAGUUUUCAAUGUCUUGAAUUUGAACCUGUUAGGAAAGAUUAUUCCUUAAAUACUUAUAAAAGUAAUGUUCUCAGAAUUAUCUAGGUUUUCACUGUGAUCAUCACCAGCAAACCUUUUUUUUUAUUGGGGAGGGGACUUAAGUUGUAUUUGAGCUCUCAUUAGCAUUAAGUGAAUGUGCAGAUGUUUUCUCUGGCUUUCAUUCCUGGCUGUAUUCACUGUUCAAGGAUUACAGACUCAAACUAUUUCAACCAGCAAAUGCACAGUAUAGUACACUACAGCACACCAGAACCAAUUGCAGUUGUAGGAACCUAGUUCCAGUUUGAAGGACUAAGGAAAAUGAGAGCAAAAUGCUUUGUUAUUAAGCAGGCAGGUGUGGGGAAGGAAAGGGUCUGGAAGCCAGGCCAUUGGAGCUAAAUCUUUAACAAAAGGUCUAAAAAUAUGAUACUUUGGCAAUACAUUGGCAGUCUCUAGCUAACAUAUGUAAAUUCAUCCUUUCAAUAUUUCAUUAAUCUUAUUUGCUUCUGCAUUACUGACAUAAAACACCCAAGUGAGUAAGGCCAUUUUCUUUAAAAAGGCAAAAUUUGAAAUAUGCAAAAUCUUCAGUGAUUGUACCUUUUUUUUUUUUAAGCAACGAAGUAGUUGCAUGUUCUCAUUUUAAAUUUAUAGUUAGGAGACCACCACUGGAAGACUCUCUUCCUGUUCAGCAGUGUGUGAUAAAAACAUUUUCUUCUUUUAGCUUAAGGAUGGACCACACCAUAGUUGGCUUUCACUCCUCAGUUGUAUUGGAACUGCAGUGUUGAAAACUAUGCAGAUGGGAAACAAAUGCAUGCUAUUUUUCUGUUACCCUCUCCCCAAAUUAUUAGUGCACACUUCAUAGUCUGAAGUUUAUCUAAUUAAAAUAUUACUGCUUUGUAUCUGUGAUUAGUAAGUCACUGGUCACUAAGAAUUUAACUGGGUACUUUCCCAUUUGAAAUCAGAAAAUUUUUAAUUUUUCUUUUUUAUGCUGCUGUGUUGGUUUAUCCAAGGGAUGUAUUUAUUUCUUAAAAACAUUCAAAGAUCAUUAAUCUGAGUUCAGAUCCCAACCUUUUCCAGCAAUAGUAGUUUUUAAAGAUGCUUUUUCAGUAGAAAAGUGUUGGGUUAUUGAGUAAAGAGAUAAUCUGUAGUGAGUUGUGAUGCACUGCUUCAUUCUUUUCCCUCAAGCACUAUUGAAAUAUGAAGAAAAAUAUUGUUUGGCUCCUUACAACAUAUAUGUAUGCAUAAAUAUCCUAAGGAUUAGUUAAUGUUGACAUAGUCAAGGUGCAUGGAAACUAGUAAUUGAGCUUUAAUUGUGAUUUGUUCACAAAUCAGGAUGUUUUAGAUAAAACAGAUAUUUACAUUUUUAUGUAUUUGAACUAUUUUAGUUUUUUCCUAGCUUUUUAGUGGAAAAUAUAUUUUGUUUAGCACUACCUGCCUUCUGAAAAGCUCUUCUCAGCCUUUUAGUUCAGUGUUUCCAAUUAAAAUAUAUAGUAUAUUGUUAGAAAAAUGUUCAAGAUUCAGGGAACGAUGCUAAUGUGCAUUCAUCAAGAAAUAUAUUGGAUUUAAUGGUAGCAUUUGAAUUCAGCAAUACAAACUCAGACUUCUUAAGGAAAAUAGGAGCUUCUUCCAUAAAGUUACAAUACUGUGUAUGCACAUAAACAGUUAGAUUCAAGGUCUAAACUGAUUUUGUGUUUAGGCUUUUUAGAAAAAGUUUCACUGAAAAAGACAAACCAGGGAGCAGUUCCUCUGAACAAAAAUGAUCAGUCUAAGCCAAAUAGAGGGUUGCUCUUACCUAGAUU